UCGUAAAACCGAAUACGAAGUCUAAACAUCAAGGAAUACUUGUACAAAUAUUCUUUUGUUUAUAUCGUGCUGGAGAAAUGAACGCCUAACAACUUUAACUGGCAACUCUUCUCGUUUUAAAUCGAAACGUCAAAAUUUGUGACGAAGCGUGGAAUGUUAUAAAAUAUAACAAAAUAUUUGUAUAUUGUUUUGAUUAUAGUAAUGAGCGACUCCGAAUAUGAAGAUGAAGAUUCUUAUUUAGUUUUCGCAGACUUUCAAAAUCAGUUAUUGAAACAUGAAGUUGAAGACUGUAAACAAGCAAUUAAAAUAAUUGGAUUAGAAACGAAAAAUCCAAUUGCAGAAAUAAAGGGCAACAUAUUUAAAGGUAAUUUUGACUUUGCCUUGGCUACUAAAGUGUUUUUCAGUGAUGAUUGUGCGGAAAACGUUGCAGCUGAUACACUUUUUGAAACUUCGUCUCCACAAAUGUACUCGUAUAUGGGAAAAACGAACAAAAUUAUAAAAUUUGAAAGAAUGUUUAUAGGCGAAAACACUAAUAUUGAAGAUAAUUCAAGUUACACAAACAAAAAUAUACUGGAAGAUAAAAGUACUGAACAAAAUAUUAAAUUAAAUAUAUCAUAUACUGAAGCUAUUAAGACUUUUCCAGAAGAUAGACAAUAAUUGUAAACAAAAGUAAUGGAAGAAAUAAUGGGAGUUGAAAUGGCUCCUCCCAUUUCGCUUAAUGAUUUUUUCGUAAAC